UUGUCCUCGUCCCUGUUCCGUCCUAGGCUCACUCAUGCCCACCGUAACGCGCGCAGCCGCACUUACCCUCGAUUUCCUCGUGAUUGGCGGAGGAGUCGGUGGUCUUGCCGUCGCGUACGUCCUCAGCAAGGCGGGGCACCGUGUCAGGGUACUGGAACGACGCGAUUUGAACGUCCCCGGCGGCGGGCAUCGCGUACCUCCAAACCUCAGCAAGAUUCUUCGGCAAUGGGUGGGCGAGGAGGAGCUCAUGAAGGUAUCCACACGAUGUGUUGGAACGCCAUUCCAUCAUCUGCGAACGGGAGAGUUGGUUGGAUACCUGCACUGGAAACCUGCAGUGAUGGCCGAAACAGGGGGAGAAUUUCUGCUGAUGCAUCAUGACGAUAUUAUCCGGAUGCUGUACAAGCUCGCUACAGAAGCGGGGGCUACGAUAGACUUCAACACCGAGGUCACGUCGAUACAGCAGGGCAGCGACGCGAUCCCGAAUCCAAGUGUCACACUGGCCAACGGGGAUGUUCUGACGGCUGACAUCCUGAUCGGCGCGGACGGUUACAAGAGUCUGGUGCGGGAAGUGGUGCUUGAGGAGGAAGACAACGCCAAGCCAGCAGGGAUGACACUCUACACUGGAGUCGUCGAUGCUGAGGGCAUGCUGAAGGAUCCUGAACUCCGACCAUACGCAUUAUCUGACGAGUGGGCCAUCUUCAUGGGGUCUCACCGUAGUGUUUGCGGACAUCCUGUCCGCGCCAAGAAGGAGUAUUUCUUCCACGUUUAUUCUUGGCACAAUCUGGACGGAUUGGAACAGGAUGGAGAGGAAAACUGGGAUGAGCUGUUCCCAACAGAGAAGAUGAACGUGGAGACCCACGGGCCCAAAGUGCAGAGACUGAUCAAGAUGGCGCCGUAUCUCAUACGCACACGAUUCAUGUCCCGCAAGGAUGGUAUCGACGACUGGGCGGAUGCAACCGGUCGGAUCGUGCUCUUAGGAGACGCAGCUCACCCUUCUUUCCCCGGAGGGUCUCACGGCGCAAGUAUGGCCGUCGAAGACGCCGUCGUCCUCGGCUCCCUAUUCUCGCACUUGCGCAUGAUGGAUCAAAUCCCGUCCUUCCUCAGCGCCUACCAGGAGCUUCGUCAGCGCCGUUGCGACCUCGUGAAGCUCGCGGAUAUCGGAAACGCACAGAUGGUGGCAAUGCCCGACGGUCCACAUGCUGAAGCGCGUGACGAGGAUAUGCGUAGGCGCAAGGAUGAGUGGGACGAGGGCACGCUCAAGGCCCAAUUUGAGGAGAUCGCAGAGAUUUUCCUGUACGACGCCGGCGACGCGGCGGAGGAGUGGUGGGUCAACUGGGGACGGUUCUCGCAGACUGCGCGGGAGCAGCCUAAUGUCGUGAACUUCAAUAACUUCAACUUCUCAAGCGUCGUCGUGCAUGAUGACUGAGCUCGCUGAGCAUGCUACGCCCGCUGGCGCGCGUGGCCCUCGGGCGCUGGCUUUGUUCGAGUUUUCCCACCUCUCCUUUACGUACCCGACGCCCGGUGUUGAGUUCCAAGCAUGCUCCUCCGCUCGCUAGUAUCCCGUUAUGACACAGCUCCAGGAUUUCCGUUCCAUCCCCAUUUCUGACGUUUCUCUGACUUGUUUGCUGUCCACACUGCUGUAUCUCAUGUCACCUGUUCACGUAUAAUACUCUCUUUGCAUACGACCAAGCUUACUACAAUUCAAGUCUACUAGUAUCAUCAUUAUCCCACGCAUGUUGCUAC